AGGAAGGGCCGGCUUGAAGGCAGCAUGAGUGCGAAGCUCUUUCUCUACGUCUUAACUGUAUGUCCUGCAUUUGACUUGAUUGAUGCUGGAUCAUUGCACAACAACAAUUCGGUACCUGUGACACACAGAACAUACAAUAAAGUCGCUGGAGUGAAAUCUAUUUCUAAGCGGCAAGUUUCUGCCUGUCGACAAUUCACACAAUAUUGGUUCAAUGGAACCUGUUGCAACUCCUGUGAACCUGGUUCUUUUGCUAAAACCAUUGGCUGUACAAAGGACAAUCCUAGGACCCUUUGUGAAAGUUGCAAAGUGGGCAAGGAGUAUAUGGAUCAUUACAAUCAUCACACCCAAUGUCUGAGGUGCAGAACUUGUGACACAGAGCAUGGUAUUUUUGCAACCGGUAUGGAAGUUGAGAGUCCUUGUAUCACCACUCAGAAUGUAAAAUGCAGGUGUAUGCCCAGCUUUUUUUGCACUUCUACUAAGCCAUGUGAUCACUGUAAUCCAUGCGAUAAAUGUGAAAAUGGCAUUGUAAAAGACUGCAGCCAAACUGAAAACACCAAAUGUAAAGGUAACUUUCAAAAUCUUUCAUUUUAUUCUAAGAGAUACCUCAAGCAGUGUAAGAGCUGGAUUUGGACCUAUAGGAGGUCCAGUUCAUACAAUUGUUCUACUAAAACCGAUAAUUCACUACUAUCCUGGUUAAUUCCAACCAUUGUUCUCAUCGUGAUGCUGCUGAUCAUUGUGGUGGUUGUAAUAUGUUUUAGAAAAAAACAGAAGAAUACAGAGAACCAAACUGGAAAUAACAAUGCAGAACCGUUAAUUGAAAUGGAGCGUCUCUAUCCAGACAUUGACUUGAGCCCUUUCAUUCCUGACAUUGCACAAGAGAUGAACGUACGAGACAUCAGGUCACUUGUUCGUAAACUGGAUGUGUCAAGCAAUUGCAUAGAAGAAAUCACCUAUAAUAAUCCCCAGGAUGCCGCUGAGCAGAAAAUAAAACUGUUAGGUGCUUGGUACCAAAACCACGGGCGAAGAGGCGCUUAUCGGACUUUAAUGACCACCAUGAGAAGCAGUGGCUUCCGUGCCACUGCUGAGAAGCUUCAAGGAAUAAUAGAGGCUGGUAGGAGAUAAUCAGAAGAGUUAAUAUUGCAAGUGUUCAUGGAAGUAUUUUCUGAUGAUAACAAGAGCUAUAAUAUAGUCUCCGAUUUAUAUGUGCAGCCCUCCCUUUUCCAGCAUUUUUCAGCACACUAUACAAAAGUGUUCACUUAUUUGUUUACAUUGUCCUCCAUUGCUCUUAGGCCCACUUGGCAUUCUCUUACUUCCAGUGUUGUCAUCAUAUAGCCAGAUCAGAUUGGCUGCACAGUAGUGUAACUGUAUUGCAUUCUCUAUGUGAACCUUCUUGGCUUGAGAUCAUGAAUAGUGACUAAUUCAAGAAUGGGGAAGAAGGAAAGGGAAUCCAUGAUAUGGGGGAAAUUGUGCCAUAGCAGCAGUGAGGAAAAAAAGUGAAUAUUCAUGCAAAGAAAAAAGAAAGAAAGGAAAAAAAUGUGGGGAGAGAAAAGAAGUCAUUUUCAAUCCAAAAAUCAGAACUGGAGAACAUUCAGCAUAGUUCUGUUUCUUGUCGGUAAAAUUAUUAUUCUCUGAAUUGUCAGAAAAUAAUUGUAUUAUAGAUGUCCAUUAUGGCACAAUAGCUAGACAGCUGGACUGGGCUGAAUUGCUGCUGUGUCAUGGACCCAAGUCAUUGCCUUUCAGCCCUAUUCAGAAGUUUUACUCAUGUAUUCCAGCAACACCUGAGUAGGGAGUGGGGCUGUGCCAAGCACCAUGCUCACUGAUGUCCAUGUGUACAGCACAAAUAUCUUCAGGGAUGAUGCCUUCAUGCCUACAGCUGAAUGUGUGACAGCUUCCAUGCAAUCAGGGAGUCCAGUCACACAGGAUUCCAAAUUGCUUGGAACCCUUUGUAUGCACAAAGACCCCAUCCCUGCCGAUGUUCCCAUUGCACAUUCAAAUGCCAAUGGGAAGGCUAGUCGGUGUGCACCACAUUAGUGUCAUGGCUACUUCCCACAGCCCCACUCACACAUUGGGGGAAUGUGUUAGUAAAGUUUCCAAAUAGGGCUCCCCUGUCUAUUAAAUUGUAAUAUCCAUGCUAUAUCACAGGGUUGUUUUGAUGAAGGGAAAGACAAGGACUUUACAGGAACUAAACAUUAAAAAUGUACGGGGCUCCAGAAGCUCCGCCAUGUGAGUGUGACAGAUGACUACUGGGGAAAGCCUUUCUUGUGCUGGCAUUCUGGUUAGGAAAUACCUUUGCCAGAGUCUUCCCUGGCACGUUCCUUAUUUGCCUUUCAGCACAAGGCAAAGAUCGUUUUAUUUUCCCAAGCAUUUUAGAUCUAUGCACUUUUAAUUCGAUGGAUUUUAGACCUACUAUUAGUGAUUCUGCAGUCCUUAUUUUACAGUUUUACUUGCUGCUGCUGAAAUUGUAAUGUUGCCUUUUAUGUUAUUGAUUGUUCAAAGGUUAAUUUAUUUUAGUGUCUGCAUUCGGACAUCAUGAUGGCCAACAGUGGGGUAAUAAUCAACUCGACAGUUGUUUAUCUAGAAGGUACUCUCCACACAAUGUGAUAGUAAUCAAUCCUGGUGUAGAUUAGGAUCAAUGUUGAGUUGACUAUUAGUCCAUGCUAGUUGUCUCACUCAAUCUCUGGCCUCUCUCCCCACUUCAGUCCACUCACAGGUAUCCCAUCAGCCAUUGCUGAUGAAAAUCUCUCCUGCUAGCUGGACUAGAGCGGCUUUGACCACUUUUACCUUGUGACUCUGUGGCUGACAAAAUAACUAACGGUGGCCAAGGAAAUAACCAGCGUCGCCCUCCACACAACACUAGAACCAAUGGUGGUUCAGAUAGCCAACUCUGCACAGCAUUGGUUAUUUGCGUUGGUUAUUUCAACCAAAUAAACCACCCAUUGGUUAAAAAGCACCCACCACACAACACAAAACCCCACAGUGGGUUAAAUAAGUAACGUUGACCAUUUAACCACCCUUGGUUAUCGUGUUGUCUGAACCCAGUCCUACUGUUAUAUGCCACCCAGAGAAUUCUAUUAUUGGGCGGCAUAUGUUGUUGCAAAGGAUGUCCUUGUUCCAGGACACCGGAAUUUAUACUGAACUUUGCUUGCCUAUUUAGGAACCUGUAUCGCAGGGGUCUCCAACCUUUUUGGGCCUGUGGGCACAUUUGGGAAUUUGAAAUACUCCUGUGGGCACACCACAAAAUGCCUAAUCAGUGGAUUGCCACUUUGACAUCUACCUGCCAUGUCUGUGGAUCUUAGGCUGUGUCUCGUUCAGCAAACACUUUUGUUUUGUGUCUAUAGGACACCGCAAAGUGUCUUUAAUAAGGGAUUUUCUAAAUCAGCUAAUUGCUGGAGGUGCAAUACAGCUAAUGCUUCUUUUAAACAUAUGUUUUGUCCAUGUCCAGUCACUGCUUUCUUUUUGAGGGGAAGUUUUUACACAGAUAGAUUUUGUAAUGGAACAGUUUUUAAUAUUUAUUGAUGCAUGCGCUAUUUUAAAUUAUUUACUAGCUUCAUGGAAAUUAACAAAUAGUCAGCAUAAAUGGAUUCUCUGUACCUAACUAAAAGAUUGAUGUUACAACACUGGAAGACUAAACACUUUACAAUGCUUUCAAUGUUUGAGCAGGUGGCAUAUCUGCAACACCUUCAAAUGGAUACUUAUUUGGAUAUUUAGUCUGCUUUUGUUGAAGCCUAUGGAUAAUUGCUGGAAAGCUGUAUGUAUUUCAUACAAAUCCAUAUACACACACAUUUUUUAAAGGGGUAUUUUUUGGGGUGCCCAUGGCCACUAAGUUGGCGACCCCUUCAUGGGUGCUAUUGAAGGUUGGAGAACCCUGCUGUAUAGGGAUAAAUUCUUCUUGUUUAGAGCUUGCUAGAAAAAAAUGGCUAAAAAUUUGCUAUUUCUGGUUUCCAGAAAUGGUUUCUCAGGUAUAGAUGAACUGAAAUGAUAUUGCUUGGGGCUAGAACUUCCAUGUGUUUAUUCACUAUUAUGGGGAAGAGAAUCUUUUCCAGUUUCAUCUCUGUUAUUAAUUUGAAUAUUCAAGUUUGUUUCAAUCUUCCCACAUCCCCUCUUAUAUUCAAAAAGGUACUACUCUGUACCAUCCUUAUUUUAAACUCUCUUUUUUUGUUAUAAUUAUACCACCCACUAGAUGUCACUUUUGUCCUUAUUUUUCUUCUUUUUUAAAAAAGAUGCACUAAGCUUAUUUCUAUUUUCCUUUUUGACUUUUCCAUUAUCUCCAACUCAAAUUCCCCCCUUAAUUUCCCCCCUCCAUUUGCCCCCCUUUCCUGAAAGGUUCUGUGGAAUUAAUGGAACUCAAAUUCAUAUGUGUAGGGAGGUUAGGAAGUUUGGGGACAAGAUGGAUCAUAGCAAACUGUGGCAAGUUCUUGGUGGUAUGGGGAUACCAAGUCAUCUUGUCUGCCUCCUGAGGAAUCUGUAUAACGAACAAGUAGCAACGGUAAGAACAGAUCACGGAACUACGGACUGGUUUAAGAUUGGGAAAGGAGUACGGCAGGGUUGUAUACUCUCACCAUGCCUAUUCAACUUGUAUGCAGAACACAUCAUGCGACGU